AUGACGUCCAGAGAAAACGGGGCUACCACCGGCAGAAGCGGUCGAGAGCAACUGAUGCUGGAAGCCGUCAGUUGCAACAAUCAAGGCGUUCAACAUCUUCUCAGUGCUAGGGGGGCCAGGGCAGAAUCAAUGAAUGAUGCCGCCCUGGCCAAUGCCGUGAACUGCUUUUGUCGCUCACUGAAGCGCAUCCCGCAGUCAUCUGUUGACAACUACUUGAAUGGCACUUUUCAAACUCCUUUGUUUUCACCUGCUCGCCACAUCAAGUGCUUGCCAUUUCCUAUUCAGGGAUUUUCAAUGGAACAGGAUCAGGCACCCUUCUAUAUCUUUGGACACGUAUUUUCGGUUGAACUGGACAGUCCAGAUGUUCCUCAUUCUUGGCUUCUGGAAGACUAUCCUGUUUGCUUGAUGAGCACGUUGGCUCUUUUCAAUAUGGCCGUGGCAACUCACUUGAAGGGAGUGAGAUCGUUUUUCGUGAGAUCGUUUUUCGACAAAAGCCAGUUGCUCCAAGCUGAAAAGUUCUAUCAAUUUUGUAUUGACAUGGUGAGAGAAGGACAAACAUACAACUACCAUGCUUUGGCCGUUCUGGAAUGUCUUGCCCUGAACAAUCAGGCUCAGAUUGCUUGGCACUUGUUUGGUACAUGCCAGAAUCCAAACAACAACAUCCACCAAUUGAUGGAUGCCUUGCAAGCAAAGGUAGAUGUUCUGUUGUGCAUUGGAACUGAGGAACAGCAAUGCGUUGGCAGGAUAGCAUUGGACCCCACCAUUUUUGGUGAAAUCAUGCUAAAUAUUGUGCUCUACAAGACUUUAAAGGUUGCCGGAGCAGCCUAG